CGGUCGUUACGUACAUAUUUUCAGGAUUAUCUUUUUCACACAUUACUAAAAUGCUCUCACACAACUGAAUUCUGUCGCACACAAUUGAAAUCCUGUCUCACAUUCUGAAAUACGUCCAUAUGAUAUACUAAAAUAUGUUUUAAAAGUCUGUGUAGGAAAAAAAAAACGUGUGGAAGCAUUUCCGUAGUGCAUGUGAGUAAAAACAAAACAAAAUCUGUAGUGCGUGUGUGUGAGAAUGCUUUCAGUAGUGUGUAUGAGAGUGUCAGUGUUGUGGAUGAGAAUGUUUUAGUGGUGAAUGUGAGCAAAUAAAAUGAGGGGGAAAAAAGAGUCUAAUAGUGUUUUCAGUUGUGUGUGACAGCGUGUCGGUAGUGGAUGUCAGCAGUAUGUCAUGUAUGUGUGAGAGCAUUUCAAUUGUUGUUUGUGAGCCCCAAAAAAUCUGUAUUGUGUAUGAAAGCAUUUCAGUUGUGUGUGUGAGAGGUAAUCCUGAAUUAUGUCCCUGCUGGGCCCUCAUACUGUUCAGUGCCCAACUUUAACCAAAGUGAAACGCCGCCACUUAGUAUGUAAAACUAUUAUACAGUACUUGCCAAACAGAAUGUUUACACAAUUGUUCCUCCCCCCGAGCAUACCAUUAAACACACAAUUGUUAGUAUUUAUCUUAAUUAAAUAAUUGCAAUAGAACUGUUUCUUACCACAAUGUAGGAAACGGUCAGAAUUUUAUAUUAUGUAAACUGGAGCAUUAUCCAGCAGCAUGAGUGGUCUCACAAUUGCACACGUCCUCCGGUGCACAAUAAUUUAUGAAUAAAAAUGAUGUGCUAAAAACUAAUGUAGUAUUUGACUGUAAAAACCCAUACAUCGUUUAAAAAUCUCCUCUAUAGUGGAGGCGCAAACAUUGAACCACAAUAGAGCAGGGACUAACUAUAUUGUUGUUGAACAUAAUCUGUUCCAGGACACUGGUCGAUAAUAAUCAGCUCAAGGCCCAAAGUCCCGCCAUGACUGUGCAGACAAUGUUUUAAAUAACAUUUUUAACAUUCUUAGUCUCUGCUUAGAUUUAUUUGGUAGUUAAGUGAAAAGUUUGCUCACCCUUAGGGGAGGUGUGACAAACCCGUCGCUUGCAGAAGGAGAAGGAAAACUUGCAGAGGGAGCUUCUGCCGUGGAGGGGAUUUUCUGCACAUUUAGAUAAACGCUCAAUUUGAAGUGUUCAUUCCAUUCUCCUUUUAUUAUUGAUGUUGACUUACUGUAUUGUUGCUUUAACCAUAUAUAACUACUUUCGCUCCUUUUCUCAUCAUCACACUUUUCAUCUUUAUGCUGGUAAUCUUCUGUGGUGGCGUCAAAACAAAAAAAGCUGAACACGCUUCUCGAUUUAAUCCUUUAGAGCGGCGGUUCGAAAAGGUGCCCCCCUCAAAAAACACUUGGCUCUCCGCACUGUAACAUUACGCACAGUUUGAACAUUUCAUUUGGGGAUUCUUUUUCACCACACUUGCAAAUUACUGCUUCAGAUGCUUGACUUUUUUGGCAACUUUAGUGGUGUAUUUUUCCACAAUAUUUUGGUCAAAUUACAAAUCAUACGAGCUCAGAGGUAUUGAGUUUUCAAGUUUCCACUGUAUUAAUUGUCGACUAAUUACUUUCCAUCCUACUGAGGCUAAAUGUGAAUACAGGACAGUUAAAACCACCCAGGUUAUUCUCAGAUGUUUAAGAUUGACAUUAAAUAUUUCCAUGCUUUCACAUGCUAUGAAAAACACGUUUUUGUUGUCAUUUAAAAGGAAAAAUGGAGCAAGACAUAUGACAAUUAAAUAUUUCUGUUAAAAAAAAACUUAAAUCAUAUAUUGUAUUUUUCUUCAGUUUUUUUUUUUUUUUUUUUUUUAGCUUGCAUCAACACAACACUCCAAAUAACAACACAAUGUGUAUUUACAGUUCCUUAUAAUAGUUGAAUUCAAAUAGGAAGUCAUCAAUGAACCCAUGGAACACAGACAUGAGAGACCUUGGAUGCAGUAUAAUUUUGCCCCAGCAGUGGGACCCUCCUUCCUAGGCUAACGUGUUGUCUGCCCCCUUCCUGGCUUGGCUCAGACCGGAGGAGUAUCCGAACGACUGGUGGGGUGUGCUCCGACCUCACACGGGUAAAGGGGCCUUUUGAGUGGGGAGGUCACCACAGGUAGAGUCUGUUUAUCCCAUUCUCCCUGAUGAACAAAAACAUGACAUCACAUCAUACUCAUGAGAAUAUAGUAAAAAUCUCUACAAAAAGGCUCCAUAUAUAUAUAUAUAUAUAUAUAUAUAUAUAUAUAUAUAUAUAUAGACAUUUUCUAUAGCACAGGAAGAAGCGGAUUGCCCUGAAAAACAUGAAAUUAUAAAUGUAGUUCAGUAUUGUUGUAAAACAGUAUACAGUAUGGCUUGGCGACAGCCGGCUAGAUCGCGCUUCAUAGCCGGAAAUGUAAUUUUUUUCAUUUACAUUUUUUUUAAAGAUUUUAAAUUUGAUCUGCAACGUUGCUACGCCAAAGCAAAGCUCGUGACCAACAGUCGCCCACUCCUUAAAACUAGUUGAGAACCCCGCCCACUGUACGGCAGUUCAGUUGCGUUUUGCCACGUCGCCCGGUGUUCAGUGGGCUUUUGGGGAGCGGGUGAGCUGGUAAGACGUGGGUUACACCCUGGACUGGUCGCCAAGCAAUCACAGGCCACACAGACAACCAUUCACAUUUAUACGUAUGGACAAUUUAGUCUUCAAUAAACUUAAAAUGCAUGUGUUGUUGUGGUAAACCCACGCAAGCACGGGGAGAAGAUGCAAAUUCCACACAGGAGGGCUUGAGGUGAGAUUCGAACCCAGAACCUGUAGAACAAAUGUGUUGUACAGUAAAAUUUUUAUAUUACUGUAUGAUAGUUAUGAACACAAGUAGGACAACUACUAGUGGGCGUUUGGUGCUACUAGUAGGGUCCAGGGGGCUACUAGUGCGUAACACAUGCCUAGUAUGGUUACUACUACUACUACUGCAGCACAGUAGUUAACAAGUAAGUUUUAAUUGCAUAGUAAUAGGUCAAAAGUGGCACACAUUCAACUUUAAAUUCCAUAUUACUGGAAAAAUGACCAGUGCGCCCUCGUUGUUCUAUCAGUGCGCUGAAUGAUCCUAAUAGUGAGGACUAGGAGUACUAGUACUGUACAUGGAAUUAAUGCUUUCCAUAGAGUAGCACUCUAGAAAAUGGAUUAUUUUAAUGUGGCCUUUUCGUUCGAAAAACUGCAAUUGUAUUGACCAUGUAGUUUGUGUGUGUUUAUUACAAGUUUCGGUUCAGUUACAGCCUGUCCUAUUUUGGUGUGCAUCUGUGAGACUCACAGGAAAGAGGUGUGCGGUGGACUGGUUGCAAUGCAUGGAGAUGGGCGCCGUGUUGUAAAGUGAGUCCAGCACUUGUGUGGCGAAGCCGUCCCACUGUAGUCUGGAAUACAGCUCGGUCACGCCGUCGUCACCACAAACACACAGCUCCUUUCCUUGGAAUCUAAGAACAACGACACACUUUCACCUCACGGGACCCACAGGGAAGUACAGUAAUCUGCUUUUUGAUGACAUGAUGAGUGGGAAUGUUAGUGAUCGAUGGAUGGAUGGAUGAUUGCACACUACCUGUUGAUGAAGCUGAAAUAUUUCUGCAGGUGAUCCAGGUCCACGUGGCUCUUGCACAGCUCCAGCUGAGUGCGAGGGUAGUAGUGGACGUAGUUGACGCACAUUUCCUCCAUGAUGCCAAAACCACCCUGAGGUGCCACGGACACUAUAUUAGUGAAAACUGACACUGUUGGUGGAAAUUGACAGCUUGACAAGAGGCAACUCACAGCCAUCAUUCUGAGGGCCAGAGCGCUGGCUCUCAAUGACGACAGAAGUUGUUCCGUCCUCUGGUUGGUCAGAGCAAAACUUGUUAUUGCCACCUUCAACCAGCAAAACAUGUCUGUAGCGAUCUGCACAAAUGAUUGAAUACAUUUAGUAAUGAACAUCUCUCAUGCUACCAAAAAAAGCCGCAAUAAUUGCAGCUUCCACCCCUCGCCCACCCCUUCGUACCAUGACGAUGUGGUUCUCCGGCAUGUUUUCGGGCAGCUUGUGGAUGGAGCACCAGUAAGUGGUCUCCUGAGUUGGGAUGACGACGCCUGGCGACACCACGUCCAGCGUCUGCACGUCGGGAGGCAGCGCGGGGGCCGGCGUGUCGGGGCGCAGCAUCAAGAUCCGCUGAAGGCCCGUGCGGAUUCGGGACAUGUUGAGCUGCUCCGAGUCCCAUAGCAGCACCAGAUCAGCGUCGCUCAGCUCCCCUCGGUCCGACAUACCCAGCACCACGCCGUGCUUCAGCUCGGCCACCUUCAGCUCCAUGUAGACCUCCUGGCGGGCGUAGCUGAUGUUCCACGCCAGCUGGAGCCGCCCGAGCGGGUCAAGCAGCACCCGGAAGGGCAUUGGCAGAGCGGGCGGUGAGAGGUCCGAGGGCUUCGAGUCAGUGCUGGGGACCUCCACAACGGUAACGUGGGAGGGAGCCUGGUAGGAGGCCACCAGGAUGACCAUGAGGGCGGCCAGGGCGGUGAAGUACAUGACUGUCACGUCCUGGAGGCGAAAUUCUUUGCUCAGGAUCCUCAUGGCCAAAAUGAUUAUUUUGAAGCCAGCAAAGAUCAGGACCUGGCAUCCAAUCAGCCCCCGCUUCCCUCCAUGUGACCUGCUUGAUUCACCUUAUCUCUGAAGGCAGUUGAUGGAGAGCCAUUCGAAUGACAGCCGGGACAGUGGUCAUCACCGGUGGAAUUCUUGCUACGGUCAUAUUACUCCUUAUCAUCGCAGUACUGUGCUACUGCAGACUGCAGUAUUACUGCUGUAAAAAGGAGGAGUCCGAGUCGGAGGAGGAGGAGCCGGACUUUGCUGUCACGUCGCGCCUGCCGCCGGUCCACUCUAAUCACAACAUUGUGGCGGCCACGGCCGCCGCCUCCUCCAUUCCCAAUGGUCCCGCCCUCUUCCCCACCCCGCCGCUGGCCCGAAAACUGACACGCUCGCAAACGUUCUGUCCGUCGUGCACCCACUACGAGCUUCCCUUCUACUUGCAGCCCCCCGCUCCCCCGCCGGUCCACCACCAAGCCGAUGGCCUGAGGAACGGUGGCGAGCGGGUCAGCUACCGCAGCAUGCCCCCGCCCCAGCAACAGCCGGACAUGGAACUGCCCGUGCCCGUCAACAUUUCCAACUACCGUAAGCCCCACUUGGCCCGCUCGGUCACCAUGAGGGACAUGUUCACUCGCAGCUGUAGCAUCAGCACUGAUGUUUAGCUGAGCCUCCAAGCUAGACUAAAAGAUGGCUCUGUUCAAUGUCAUUGUGAUCCCUCUAGUCCAAUUCGGUAUCAUCUGAUGCGCUUUGGACGCUCAACUGGCUCUCAGGACACAAUUUGCUAUGAUCAGGUCGAGGAACUCACUUUCACCCGGAACGCCACACUGAGUUUGUGACUUUGAAGGUUGAAGUAUUUCAGUUGUUAUAUAACUCCUUGGCUUGAUAAUGCUUUUGUAAAAGAUUACAAAACGUAAUUUAUAUAGUCCGAGCCCUCUUCUCCGGGAUGACAUCACGGUCAGGGUUUUUCUCUCUGCCCUAGCUGCUACAAAAAAGCAAAAUAUGAUUAGGAGCAGUGUUUCCCUGCCAUGGAAGGAUCUGUCUCCUCCUCCAUACACAGAUUAUGGAGAUUAUGAAACAUAAUUCAGCGCCAGUGGGACGGGGGUGCCUUUUUUCUGCAGAUAGAUUUCACUUUGGCUGUGAUGUUGAAAUGACAUAAAGGGCUCGCGGAAAAGAUAGAAAUCGUCUAUUUAUUUUCCCAAAAAUCUUGUCAGUGUACUUUGUAGAUGGAUGUCCAGAGCAGUAGUGUGAAUCUGACCGUUAUAUGCUCACAUGACUGUGAAUGUAUAACUAUUUAAUCCUUCAACACGUUCUUGCAAGAAUUUAGUAGGGAAUGGUACAAAAAACUGCACCAAAAUUGCUAAUUCAUUCCAAAGUAUAUUUUUCAAUGUAUUUUUGCCAUAAAAAUGCUCAUUUUGCCAACAUUUCAUAGCUGUUGUAGUAAGGUUAUAAGAAUUCCGCAUUUUGUAGGUCAUUAUUAGGCAAGGAACCACAUUUGAUGACUCUAUAGGGCAAGGAACUGUACUUGGUGACUUUAUAGGGCUAGAAGCCCGAUCUGGUAACUUAAGGUGACUUAAUACAGCAAUUAAGCAUAUUUGAUGAUGGUAAGGAAACGUAUUUAACAUUACAGGGCAAGGAAGAAUAUUUUUUAAUCAUAAUAGAAAAGGACCUGCAUUUGGUGACAUUAUAAGGGCCAGGAACCCUAUUUGAAGACAUCAUAGGGAAUGGAACCCUAUUUGGUAACUUUGUAAAUGAAGGGAACCAUAUUUGGUAACCUUAAAAAGAAAGGACACAUAUUUGGUGAUAUUAAAGGGUAAGGAAACAGAUUUGAUGGCCUUUCAGAGCAAGGAACCAUAUUUGGUAACUUUACAAAGCAAAGAAGCCAUAUUUAGUGACUUUACUGGGAAAGGAAGCAUAUUUGGUAGGUCUAUAGGGCAUGGAACCAUAACUUGAUCAGACAAGGAACCAUAAUUUGUACCCUUCUUGGGAAAAUAACCAGGUUUGCUAACUUCAAAGGGCAAAGAACCAUAUAAGGAUGAACAAAAUCAUAUUUGCAAGGAACCCUCCAUCCAUCCAUCCAUUUUCUUUACCGCUUAUCCUCACUAGGGUCACGGGCUGCCGGAGCCUAUCCCAGCCAUCUUCGGGCGGGAGGCUCGGUACACCCUUAACCGGUCGCCAGCCAAUCGCAGGGCAGGAAACAAACAACCAUUCACACUCACAUUCACACCUACGGGCAAUUUAGAGUCCUCAAUCAACCUACCACGCGUGUUUUUGGGAUGUGGGAGGAAACCGGAGUGGCCGGAGAAAACCCAUGCAGGAGAACAUGCAAAUUCCACACAGGCUGAGGCCGGAUUUGAACUCCGGUCCCCAGAACUGUGAGGCAGAUGUGCUAACCACUUCCACCGUGCCGGCGGCAAAGAACCAUAUUUGGCAAUUUCAUAGGGAAAUGAGCUGUAUUUGGUAAUGGUAAAGGGCAAGGAACCGUAGUUGGUGACAAAUCCCAUUUACUAACUUUAUAGUGCAUGGUACAAUAUUUGGUCAAUUUAUGAACUGUAUAUGGUAACUGUAGGGCAAGGAACCAUAUUUGCUAACUUUAGAGGCCAACGAACCAUGUUUACUAACUUUGUGGAAAUCAUUACAUUAUGAAAAUAGACAGAAUAUUGCACACAGCUUAUUUUAAAAAAAAGUCAUUAAGUACAGAGCAGUAUUUAUCUUGGUUAUUCAACCUGAAAGGUAAUUAUAAUAAAACUUGUUUUAAAAAAAGAAACAAAAAGAUAAUGAACUGAAAGUAUAUUUCACUCCUAAAAAAAGAUAUAACGAACAAAAAGAAUAUUACGCUAUUGCCGAUUAUGUUUCAAUGAUUAGAAAUUUUAUUUUCUGUGGUUAAAAAUAAUCCUUGAAAUCAUUCGAAAUUCUUAUAGGAACGCAGCCAUAUAUUAUUCUCCUUAAAAAAAAAAUUAACAAUGUCACCCAUGUGCUAAUCGGCAGCAAUAAUGCUGAAUAUGUUUUGUUUAAAGGGUGACAGCAUCGUACUGGUUUCCGUCAUAACCAGAACUGUGAUGAAACAACAGUUUUACCACAUGGAUUAUUCCUAUAUAAGAGACUUGACUCUCCUCUCCCCUUUACUGAAGCUUCAUGGACUCUCCCAGUCUUUCUUCUUUCUGUUGUCUUUGAUUUGUUGAUCCACACGCUGAAGAUUUAUCUAGCUUUGAACGCACUUCCCUAAAUAUUUAACAGGCCACUUUCUCUCCACUCCUGACACAUCAGACUAAGGAGUAUUCCUGCUCCACUGACUGGCCUUGUGGAGUGCUGCCGCUCGGACUAAGAAGGAGCGGCUUUUGAAUUUUGAUGCUCUUAAUGAGUGGAAUUUAUUACGGCUUGAUGACAAAGAGGAAGUGAGAGCGGGCGCGACUACUCUGGACACCCGCCCUCCCCUCUUCAAGUGGAUGCUAUUGUACAUCUUCUUUCUAUCUCUCUCUCUCUCUCUGUUUAUCAUAUUACAGGGCAAGCUCAUUUAUUUUUCCAAAGGAUCAAACUUGGAGUAAUUGACGUGCUUUCCUGCAAAUACAUACACAAACAAUGUUAUGCUUUCCUUGUUAAUUAAGCGAUAAGACGGGUGCACAGUGAACUUGGUGCCAUAACGAAGGCGACAGACUCGAUUCUUGUUAGUAUUAUUUGGAUUAUUACAGAUAUGUCUCCAAAUGCAGUGUUGCUUUUACGUCAAAAGUAUUUGAAUUACUCUGUUUGUUCCAUGAACCAGCUGUUUUGUUUUCCUGAAGUACAACAGACACGUUUAUGUCCUUGUUUUAAUUGGAUAUCUGGCUAACAGACACAAUGUUGAUAAUAAAAUAGUGUUAAAAGAAAAUCUCUGAUUAAAGUCCAAUUAGCAAUCAUUCAUGGAAGGUCCAUGCAUCCACAUAAUGUAAUUGUCUUUUGUUUUUUCUAGCUUUGAUUGACUGCACCUUUUUUUAUUGUUUUGUCUAUAGAUACAUGUGUGUACAGUGUUCCCCCACUAUUCUUUGAGGAUAGGGACCGGGCCCUGCCCCCGAACAGCAAAAAUCAGCGAGAAAUUGACCCCCCCACCCCCAAAAAGGUUUAUCAUACCUAUAUAUGCCUAUAUGCCUCUUCAUGCUGCCAUGACCAAUAUCCAUAUUUUACCAGUGAGAGGAGCAAAAAUAUGAAUAGUAUGAUUUCAACUUUGCUGUUUAAAUCCAGUCUUCCACUUACUGUAAGUCCAAGUAAAGUCUAAUAUCGGCCAGAAUCUUAGCAUUUUCAAAACAACUCUAAUCAAAGUCAGCUGAAAACUGAUUAUAGGUUGUUUGUAAAAGAUUAUCCUGAGCAAUUUUCCUGUGAUGUGUUAAAAGGGAUUUUCCCUUGUUUGGGCUAACAACCGUAAAUAUUAAAAACUUGAUCAGUAUUUAUGAUUGCAUAUCCUUCAUGUGGUCAAUACUGGACUCUGUGAUUGUGACGUAAAAUGGAACGAUAGCCAACUAGGAAGCUUGCUGAAGCUUAUGCUGUUGUUGGACUCAAAUAGAGGAGCAAGUGGUUGUACUAUGUGUGUUUGUGUAACGUGUCCCCUAAGUCAUACAUCACAAUAAAAAUGACAAGAGUUUGCAA